UGCGUUCGCUUCACGUCGCUUCACGUUUCGAUUUGCCUUCCUUCUAGUCCUCCAUUUCCCGAAAUUGCCGGCGGAGGAAAGCGAGGUCGCCGGAAUCGGAAUCCCUGAGCAUGGUGCCACCCUGCCAUCAGAACGCAGCUUCGCCAGGUGAGACGUUUAUUGUAUGAGAUCGCUUGUUUCCGGCGUUCGAACCGUCUGAUUACGACGAUCGGAGGGAGGGGGAAGAUGGCGCAGAAGUCGGUCGGACCUCCCCUCCGUCCUUCGCAAGCGACGCCCGCCCUCCCUGCCGCUACCUUUCCCGAGACCCGCCGGCGGACGCUGAUCAUCAAGGAGCCGCAAAAGCCAGGGCCCCGGCUGGCAGAGGUGGCCGGUUCCACCGCGGCUGGGUGCGCGGCAAUCUGCUGCUGCCCCUGUGGCCUCGCGAACCUCAUCGUCGUGGUGCCGGCGGGGCUCGUGCGGCGGUGGCGGAAACGCUGGCCCAGGGGCGCGAAGACCAAAUCCAGCAUUUGGAGGCCGGAGGUCGACGCCUUUGACGACGAUGACGACGACCUCAGUCUUUACCUUGGCGGGUUCCCCCUAGCUAGCUCCGGCUCCGAGGAGCGAUGGCUGGCGAAAUCUCUGUCGCCGGAGUUCGCGGAACUAGAGAAGGAGAUGGUGGCGAAGUUCUACGGCACUGGGUUUUGGCGAAGCCUCUCGCAAAGGAGUCAAUGAGAACAGACUCUGCAAAAGAGAGAGAGAGAGAGAGGGUCGGAUCUUUUUCCUACUGUUCUGCUGUGACUGUUACUAAGAAGUGAGAUGGGGACGAUGAAGGGUUGAGGGAAGAAGUGGAAGGACUCCGGUGGUGGUUCUGCAAGCAAAAAAGAUGGACAUUCUUUUCUUUCCUACAAGUGUUUGAUAUAAUAACUCGAAUCACAAAAUC